AUGAAAUUAGCUGCAACAAUAAUUCGACUUAAAAUUGGAGAUGAAAUUGAUGUCCGGGCAAAAAGUCCUUCAAAUGACAACAACAACGAAUUGCCUGAUCCAUCGAAUAUUUACACUUAUAUGUUGGGUAGAUUUGCUAGAAUAACUGGACUUGAACAUGAUAAUUUGUGUAAAUAUUUUGAAUUUAGCAGGUGUUUAACAAUACCCAAUGGAUAUGCACUUCUGUCUGAACAUUAUUCUGACCCUUAUUUUCGAGAUGAUGGAUUUUUGAAUAACAAAUUAGGCAAUCAAAAUUUACAAUCAGUUUUUUCUGUGGCAAUUCAAGUCUGUUCAGCUUUGGAAUUUUGUCAUAAAAAUUGUUUUGCAAUAGGAUCCUUAAGUUUAGAUAAAUUAUAUGUUGUGCCCAAAAAGGAGAAUGAGAAAAUUCAUGUAAAACUCUCUCAAUUUUGCCUUUGUUUCAUUUCUGGCAUUUAUUAUCACAAACUUCUAUCUUCCAAUGAAUUUCCCUUGUAUUUGUCGCCUGAAUUUUUGUUAAACUUACUUCCACAAGGAUUGGAUCAAUCAAACUAUUUUUGUGUGGAUAUUUGGUCCUUUGGAAUUUUAUUGAUUGAAUUAUUUACUGGAUGGAGAUUUUCUGAAGUUUUUUCUCGACGUCAAAUUUCCGACGUUUUAGCAACUUUACUUGUUAAAGAAAAUGAGGGUUCUAUUCUUCCCCAUCUUUUGAACAAAAUAAAAAAUGUUUGCCCAGCAUUUGCCAAAAGACAAAAUUCUUUAAAUCCAGUUUAUCAAAUUAUUCUAAAUUGUUUAAAUAUUCAACCUUCUAAAAGGCCAAAUUCUACAAAUUUAUUAAAAAUGCUUAAAAAGGCCGCGAUUGACGCUAAUAUUGGUGAAAUUGAUGGGAAUGACAAGAAAAGUAAUUUUGUUGAUUUGGAUGAGGAAAUUGACCAAAUUAAAGAACGUAUAAAAAACGAAAAUCAAUUUGAAAGAUUCGGCUUUAACCAAAAUGUGUUAAAUGAACUUUUCUUUUUAUGGAAAUUGUGUGGAAGCAGUUUUGAAACAAUAUUAUUACGGAAAGGAUUAAUUAAAACACAACCACCUAUUUUGACUUUACCAAGGUUUUUUUGAG